AUGGCUCCCUGCUCCACCAGCUACUCCUCUAUUCACCACAUCAGGAUCUCUGAGAGAGACAACAUCAAAUUGAGAAAACCUAUUGUGGAGAAAAUGCGCAGAGACCGCAUCAACAGCUGCAUCGAGCAGCUCAAGAUCAUCCUGGAGAAAGAGUUCCACAAGCAGGAGCCCAACUCCAAGCUGGAGAAAGCCGACAUCCUGGAGAUGACCGUGAGCUUCCUGAGGCAGCAGUUGCAGCCGGGCCUCUGUCGGAGCGACUAUAGCCAAGGCUACUCUCACUGCUGGAGGGACUCUCUGCACUUCCUCUCUGCCGGCUCCAGCAAAGAGGCCACUUUCACCUCUCCGCAGGGCCUCCAGCAGAAGGAGCGGCACGAGCAGCCGCUCCAUCAGGCCCAGAGAGGCAGCAGCUUCUCGCCAGUCUGCUCCACCCUCAGGCCCACCACGCUGCAGGACAGCAGCAGCAGCAGCAGCAGCAGAGGCCCCGUGUGGAGGCCUUGGUAG